AUGAGUGGGCAGUGGUUUUAUGAAGCAAAGUCUAAGAGGCACAGAGAUAAGAUACAUGGAGCAGAUAUUAUUAGAGCUUCCAUGCGACGGAAGCCUGCUGCUCUUGCUGAAGUGAGUCAGAACAAAACAAACAAAGCAAAGAACAGCUGGGUGAGCAAUGUUAAUAAAGAAGUCUUUGUGCCACCGGAACUACAUGGCAUUGUAGAACAUCAAGAGGAAGAAGAACAACUGAAAUCUAGUUCAAGUUCUAAAACAAUAACCUCUUUGUUAGACAAACCACAGGAAGGACCUAUGAAGGCAGCAGUCUCACCAGUAAAGCAAAGGAGAAAUCCAUUUAAUUCCACUGCAUCAGGUGGUAACUUGAACAAUGGGGAAUCAGAAAACAGAUCAGCCGUUCUACCUCAGCUAUCAAAGAAGGAACUGUUGUCACUCUCAGAAGAGAGCCAACCUAAACCAAACUUACAAAAUGAUGAAACAGAGAAACAUAAGAAGCCUUCUGUAGAACCUACUGGUGGAUCACAGAAAGCACUAGUUAAGCAUCCUGUCCCAAAAGCUAGAAAAUUAAUUCACAAAGCAACAGAUCCUGUGUCACAAAGAGAAGACUUAGUUCCAAAACCAGCCAGACGGACAGAGAAGAUUAAUGGCAUCGGCACACCGCCCAGGGGCAUUCUGAAACGCAGUUCAAGUUCAAGUUCCACUGACUCAGAAGUUCGUGUUAGUCAGAUGUUAGAUGUUCAGAAAAAGAAUGGUCUUCCUACUGCAACUAUCUUUGAAGGAGAAGCUGAGAAGAACUCUCUUACAGAAGAAGUAGAAGACUCCACACAAAUUUCACUGGAAAAACUAAAACAAGUGAGGUUCUCAUCUAGCACAGGUAAAGGAGAACCUCUGCAAAGCCCACAGCUGCACCGUGGUAGAGAAACAGGAGAGUUUGGUUUGUUAGAAUCUGAUGAAAUAAAGAAGAGUGGAAGCGAUGAUAUUAGAUCAGAUUCAUUUGGGAAUAAGCAAAUGUCUGCUGUAAAGCCUUUGGGAACCUCUUCAUCAGCUUUACAAAUAAAAACAAUAGGUGGCUUACAAGAAGAUACAUCAGCAUCUGGCCUUCAUGACACUAAUAGGUCAGUUGCUCUGGUUAAUGAAACCUUGCAGACAAAGACAUUUACUCCUAAAAGACUUGAAACUCCACAGAAGACCUCCAGCAAUAUCCUGCCAAAUAACAAUAAUGAACUGAGUGUUGAUGAGAUGCGUGAAAAUAAAUCCAACCAGAUCUUGAGCCGUGAAUCCAAGUCACACAAAAACUUUACUGAUGAACAUCAGCUUUCUCCUAUGACAGAGGCACAUGAGGUGUCAAAUACCAAUUCUUCAAGUCUUCAGCAAGGUAAGCCUGAUCUUGUUGAGGAGCGAGAUGCUAAAACCACUUUCAAGCCUGACAAACUUGCUGAUGAACUCACUAAAGUGGCUGAUGGAUCUGUAUCAAAAGUUGUAGAUUGGUUUAAAAGAAGUUCUGGUACUGAAGAUAGGAAACAUGUAUCAGCUAGAUCCCAAGGCAGGAAACCCAAAGAAGAAGUGGACUUCUCAACCAGAACAGCAGCUCUUCCUCCAGAUUACAUUGGGCCUGGCAUGGAUGGAAAAACAGAAGUUACAGAAGAGUUACCAUUUGGAAAGGUUAAAGAACAGAACAGUAUUUCACCGACAUCACUUACUUCAGAAGAUAGACAGCUGAUAAAAGCAAGGAUGAAACCUAAGGAAGGGGAAGAGAAUGAGGAGCAAAAUGACAUAUCACUAACUGCAUUUGACUGUGCAAGAGUUGUAGAAAAAGAAUGUGGUCAAGAAAUCAAGCAACAAAAUAAAAAAUCAAAUAUCUUAGAACAUCAUGAACACAAGCUACCAGCCCAGAUAUGUGAGUCAGAGAAGGCAAUACGAGAAAAAAGAAGAAUAAGGGAGAUCAGAGCAUUUUGGGAAAGGGAUAAAACUAUCCCCAGUCAUGGAAAGAAAGAAUUCAGUAUCAAUACUAAUGUAUCAGGUGAUGGUGCAUUGAAAGGUCUAGAAGAAAGUGCAUCAAUGAAACCAACUGCAGUAUACCUACCUAAUGAAUUGGAUGAUCAAAGCAAGAAUACUUUAAAAAGUGCUGAACAAAGUUGUUUGAGCAAGGCUUCAAGAAACAAACAGCAAAAUUCUUUUGAGUUUGGACCAGGCCAUGCGUUUGAAAAGCCAGAAGGAACACUUCCAUCUGAUGGUGAAGUUCAUGAAUAUACAGAAUUGCCAAAAGCCAGUAACUUGCAGUCAAGAAUUGGUGCCACUUCAGCUUUCCAAGAAAGCAAAGAGAAGGAUGAGAAAGAAACACUUCAUGGGAAAGUUGCUGCUUUUUCCCCACAGAAGCCCAGCUUCCAGGUUUUGUCUCUAAAAGAAAAAAUGAAUGAAAAGUCCAAGAAUCAAAUUUCAGAUCCUUCACAAUUCCAGCGUUUGAGAAACUUCUGGGAUACUGGAGUUAAAUUACAGAGUAGCAUUGACAGGGGAGAUGUUUCUUUGCCAAAUAAUACUAGCUCAAUAACCUAUGAAGGAAAAUCAAAGGGAGAUAAAAAAGGCAGAGAUAAUGUGAGCAAUCAAGAGUUAAUUCAACAACAAACCCAAACAUCUGAGAGAGAAAAACCACAGAAACAAGAUUCUGUCAUUUGUGAACUGCCUUUAGGAUCUCCUACCCUGAAAGGUCUGAAUGUGACACACCACAAAAAUAAAGACUCUGUUCAGCUGGACAGAAAACCAGUUAUCCCAAAACCCCAGGAAAAGAUGGGUCUUCCAGAGGAAGAAAUUAAAGAAUGUAUAGAAAAAAGUAUUGUUUCAUCAAAGGAACAUCAUGUUUCCUUGCAGUUGCUCCAGUCACCUGGUGAUAAAGAUGCUUUAAAUGAGAAAGCAGUAGAUGAUUGGCCAUGUUUACCUAUAGAAAAAGUGGAGAACAAGACUAGUCCAUCAGAUGUCAGUCUCCCUAAAGAGGAAGUUGCAGAGACUGUGCUUAAGGUUGUUCUACCUAAACCUGAGCUUGAUGUAUUUAAAUUAGGUCUAAAGAGAUUAGAAAAGGAAGCCUCCGAGAUGUCACCUAGCUUGAACCUAAAAGCAAACGUUUCAAAAGGGACAACUUUUCACUCAAAUCAGUGCAAGCGAGCAGCAGACAAGGGUGAUGCUCUUGAGUCUUCUCGGAGACCUCAAUCUGGCUUGCAGAACCUGCUCCGAGAAACUUUUGCAUCUAAACCUUAUGAAUAUAGAAGGGUGGAAAUGAAAACAUCUGAUGACAUAAAUAAUAUAUCACAAACUAAUUGUAGAGUAGAAUCAGCAAGCCAAGAAGAUACUGGUCAGCAUGAAGAGGUCAAUGAGACCAUAGAAAAGUCUGUUGCCCCAUCCAAGACCAGUGGCUUGAGUUCUGCUUUAGAGAAGCUGCUGAAGGAGGCCUCUGAAAUGCCACCACCUAAACCAAAACAUGCCGACAGCACAGUACGAAGGACUGCAGAGAUGGAAAUGGAAGUUAAAAGCAAGAUGUAUGAGCAUGGUGGAGAGCAGCCACAGGAAAUCAGUGAGACUAUAGAAAAGUCUGUUGCUCCAUCCAAGGUCAGUGGCUUGAGUUCUGCUUUAGAGAAGCUGCUGAAAGAGACCUCUGAAACGCCACCUCCUAAACCAAAAUGUGCCAACAGCACAGUACGGAGAACUGCAGAGGUGGAAGUUGAAAGCAUGAUGUAUGAGCAUGGUGGAGAGCAGCCACAAGAAAUCAGUGAGACCAUAGAAAAGUCUAUUGCCCCGUCCAAGACCAGUGGCUUGAGUUCUGCUUUAGAGAAGCUGCUGAAGGAGGCCUCUGAAACACCACCUCCUAAACCAAAACAUGCUGACAGCCCAAUAAAGAGAACUGGAGAGAUGAAAGUCAGAAGCACGACCCAUGAGCACGAUGGAGAGCAGCCACAGGAAAUCAGUGAGACUAUAGAAAAGUCUGUUGCUCCAUCCAAGGUCAGUGGCUUGAGUUCUGCUUUAGAGAAGCUGCUGAAAGAGACCUCUGAAACGCCACCUCCUAAACCAAAAUGUGCCAACAGCACAGUACGGAGAACUGCAGAGGUGGAAGUUGAAAGCAUGAUGUAUGAGCAUGGUGGAGAGCAGCCACAAGAAAUCAGUGAGACCAUAGAAAAAUCUGCAUUGUCCAAGGCUGAAUAUGGUAGAAUUGAUGUUAAUUUGCAGAAGCUACCAAAUGAGGUCUCUGAAACACCUGCUUCUGUGCUGGAAAAUAUGGAUAAGGAAAUGCAAGGUAAAACACAGACUAGUCUAAUAAUGCAUGCUCCACAAGAAGUGAGAGAUCAUCCUCAAGAAAUACAAGAAACAAUAGAAAAAACUUCCAUCUCAAAUAUUGCAAAAUUCAGUGAAUUCAAUUGCUCUUUAGAAAAACUUCUUCAAGAAGCAUAUGGAGAUUCAUGUCCAAUAUCUAAAGAGUUACAUAAACAAGAAAAGUUUGGGGAUCAGAUGUUUCCAUCACAAAAAGAGACUCCAUUCAUGACAAUGUCACACCCACAUAAUGCUUUAAGUAGCUGUCAUACACAGAUGAAGAUAAUUAUCAAAGGGGAAGUUCCAGAACAAAAUAUCAGAGCUUCUGUAAAUGAUCUUUCGGUAAGUGAAAUUGAAGCUUCUGAUCUUCCUAAAACAAAUGGAGCUAUUAAUAAAAUAGAAAAGAGAAACAUGGCUCCAGUUGAUCUUCCUCCUUUGGAAGGAGAGACCAAUAUGACUGCAGUCAAGCCAUUCAAGAUAAACGAAAAAGGAAGGAGAAAUGAAAGCGUAUCCUUGGAUGCCUCUGAAAAGAAUUCAGAAUUUAAAGCACUCUUGAAAUUCAGAAGAACAAGCACACCACUUAAAGAUGAGAGCAACUCCCCUCAGCCAGGAGAUCAACUCUGCCCAAUGUCUCAGCAUGAGGAUAAUGAUGAAGAGGAAGGGGACAGUUCAAAUUUGGGAUCCAAGUUUUCAGAUGAAAACUCUGAUUCCCACUCUGCAACCGGAAGUUCAACUCGUUCAGAAGAAGAAUUAAACCCUGUUUUGAUGGCUUUGAAAAGGAGUGCAGAUAGGAAAAUGCCUUCCAAAAGUCUAGAGGACAUUCCGUCAGCCACCUCAAAUAAAGGAAAAAUAAAUAAUCCAAAGGAAGAAUUAGCUCUUAGUGCUGAAGAUGGUCCGAAACCUGAUCAGCAUCAAGAGAGGAAUGAAAAUACAGCAGGAAUUUCCACAGUGCCUUCACAGCCUGAUAAGCUGUUUUCCAAUCCUGAAAAACUCAAAGCACUGAGCAAGUCAGUACCAUCAUUCCUACAGGAAGAGAGUGAUGAGAGAGAGACAGAUACAGCAUCAGAAAGCAGUUAUUCCCUUGGCAGAAUCAAGAAGAGUCCCAGCUCUCUAACCAAUCUUAGCGGCUCUUCUGGCAUGGCCUCCUUAUCCUCUGUGAGCGGAAGCUUAAUGAGCAUCUAUAGUGCAGACUUUGGCAAUGUUGAGGUGAAGGGGAACAUUCAAUUUGCUAUUGAUUAUGUAGAACAGCUGAACGAGCUCCACGUUUUUAUUUGCCAGUGUAAAGACUUGGCAGUGGCAGAUGUUAAGCGACAGCGUUCAGACCCGUAUGUAAAGACCUACCUGCUUCCAGAGAAAUACAAGCUGGGCAAACGGAAGACCUCUGUGAAAAAGAAAACUUUUAAUCCAGUCUAUAAUGAAAUACUACGGUAUAAAAUCGAGAAGGAUCUCCUAAAGAACCAAAGCCUUAAUAUCUCUGUCUGGCACAACGAUACCUUUGGAAGGAAUAGCUUUCUUGGUGAAGUGGAGUUGGAUUUAGGAACUUGGGACUGGAGUGAUAAAUCCAACAAGCAGAUCAACUGGUUUCCACUCAAGCCAAGG